GGUCUCACUAAUUCAAACAGCCGGCGAAGCAAAAUAAGUUUUAUUUCAUGGAACCCGCAUCAAAAAAAUCGAAAAUGGGUAAAAACGUAAAGUUUAACAACAACAAGAAAAAGUAUUUCCACGCCAGGAGGGAGGUGCUCCAACCUGGCCAACGUGGAUUCUUCGCCACGUGCAACAUCAACGAGAAGGCAUGUGUUCGCGAAUGCUACAAUUUGUUGAACCACUAUGCUGACAUACUUUACGGUUCGGAAAAGCCAGAGAAUGAGCCGGAAAAGAAGCAGCCAGAGGAAGGAGCAGCUGGUGAUGCGGGAGAGGAUGUUCCGAAGCCAGCGGCAGGAGGCACCAGUGAUGACGACGACGACCUGGAGGCAGCUGCCGCCAAAUGCCGCGAAAUGCUUUCGCAUCGCAAGAUGCGAUUCCAGAAUGUAGACACCAAAACCACCAACUGCGUGUUCAUCCGCACCGAACUGGAGGAUCCGGUGGCCCUGGCUAAACACAUCAUCAACGACAUAGCGACCACCGGCAAGUCCAUGUCCCGAUUUGUCCUACGCCUGGUGCCCAUCGAAGCCGUAUGCCGCGCCAACAUGCCGGACAUCAUCACUUCCGCCGGAUACCUCUUCGACAAGCACUUCCUCAAGGAGCCCACCAGCUAUAGCAUCAUCUUCAAUCAUCGCUAUAAUCAGCAGAUCAAGCGCGACGAAAUCAUCACCCAACUGGCCGAGCUGGUCAACUCCAAGAACAUGGGCAACAAGGUGGACCUGAAGAAGGCCAAGAAAUCCAUCAUCGUGGAGGUCUUGAGGGGCUCUUGCCUGCUUAGCGUGAUCGACAACUAUCUGGAGUGCAAAAAGUUCAAUCUGGCCGAACUGGCCAAUCCUAGCGAUAAAAAAUCUGCUGGCGAAGGAGAUUCGAAGUCAGAGACUUCAGAGGUCGCCAAUGGCAACGAUAAGGAGCAAGCUGAAUCUUCAGAAGAGUCCAAGUCUAAUGACGAUGAGAAUAAGGACUCUACUGAGAAUGACAAAUAAAUGAAAAUCCAAACCGCUCAAUUAAUGAUAUAUAGCAAUGACCACACCUAGGUAUAGAUGGACCAUCUGCUGUGCAGACGUAUAUAAAUAAAGCAGCCAGUUAUUAUUUACUUCUGUUAA